AUGUCAGUGUUCUUUGUGGGGUACAGGGGUGUCAGUGUCCUGUAUGACUGCAGACAGAGUACUGUAGAGUCAUCUAGCCGCACUUCUUUCCAUGCGAGGUUUCGGACCUCCAGUCCCAAUGGCCUGCUGUUCCUGGCUGCUGGACAGACGGACUACUGCCUGGUGGAACUGCACUCCGCUCGCCUGCAGGUCAAAUUGGACUUGGGAUCUGGAGAACGAAUACUUCGCUCAGAGAGAGGGACUCCGCUGAAUGAUCUGGCAUGGCACACAGUUGAAUUUCAACACGAAAAUCACAAUGUUACCCUUUCAGUUGACAAACAUUUCCAAACAACCCUAAAAAUGCCCGAGUCCCAGCAUGAUCUUAACAUUCAAGAUGGGCUUUAUGUUGGUGGAACUGGAGGUCUUGACAAAUCAUACCUCCUCAGUGAACCUGUGGGCUUCAGAGGUUGUAUUGAUGAGCUUUUGUUCAAUCAGCACAAUCUUUUGUCUUCACUAAGGUCCUACUCCGGCUUCAAAAAUGUGUAUGAGGUAUCUCUAGGCUGUAGCCCCCAGUUCUUUGCAAGUGAAGAUGACCCUAUCAGCUUCUUUAGUUCUAAAGCAUACAUUUCUUUACCCCUUUGGAAUGCACAACAGGAAGGAGUGUUGGAGUGCGUACUGCACACAUCUGCUGAUCAAGGGAUUAUUCUUUAUAACUCUGCACGCCAAGGAGACUUUGUGGCUAUGGAAAUCCGUGAUGGGCUAAUAGUGGCAGUUAUGGGAAAAAGUGGGACUAAAAGUGAACUUCCCUCCCUCACUUAUAUUAAUGACAGAAAGUGGCAUUAUAUUAAGCUCCAGUUCACCUCAAGGAGCCUUCAGCUCACAGUGGAUGAAGAAACUGUAAAAACUAGCAUUAGUUCCCGAAAUAAAGCUCUUCAGUUAAGGGGUUCCCUUUUUGUCGGGGGCAUAGAUGACAGCACCCGUGCUGAAGUCAAGAAGGUUGGGCUGGUCUCUGUUUCGGGAAAACGUAUAAGAGGAGGGUCUUUCAAAGGAUGCUUGAAGGAUAUCAAGGUUAAUUUUGUAAAAAUGGGUCUGCCCAAUGCUUUAGUAACUAAAGACAUUUCUGUAGGUUGUGAACCUGAAAAGGAACCAGAACCAACAACACAAACUACACCAGCUACUCACUGGGCUCAGACUGCCCCGGUGCUUCCAACAACAUCCAUGUUCACACCAACAAGUGCUAAGCCUCUGGACAAGAAACGCAGCCAAAUGUUUUUAGUGCUCAGGAACCUUGUAGUUCCUGAAGGAGGACGAGCACCUCUAGAGUCAAAGCACAUAAAAGUGAAUCUGGAAUUUAAAAAACUAGGAAUACGUCAGUCUCAGAUUAUGUUUAAGAUACAAGAACAGCCUGUUCAUGGUCAGUUGAGGUUGGAUGUUGAUGAAGGUCAAGAGGAACAUACCUUUAGCAUGUUGGAUUUGUGGCAUGGGAGGGUAAUGUACAUUCACGGUGGUUCAGAAGACCCAGAAGACUUUUUUACAUUCUCUGUCUUCACCAGCAGCAAAAAGGAAGUUCCUCCUUACCUGAAGGGAAAUAAGAUGUAUAGAUAUAACAUAACCAUAACCCCUACCAAUGAUGCACCUGAGUUAAGCCUACCUGAAGGAAACCUCUUUGUGCUGCUAGAAAAGUCAAGAAAGCAUUUGACUAUUGAUGCUUUAAAAGCCACAGAUGUAGAUAACAAUUCUACAGACCUCUUUUUCUCCUUAUUGGGCAAUCUAAAUGCAGAUGCUGGAUUUUUGGAAAAUACAGAGAAUCCAGGGAAAAGCAUAACUACUUUUUCUCACGUUGACUUGGAAGAAGGAAAAAUAAAUUAUGUUCACAGUGGGGUCCGAAAUUCCAGGAUUGUUUUGAGAGUCAGUGAUGGAGAAAAAGUGAGUAACACAGUUGUUCUGAGAAUCAUGGCCAUACCACUGGAAUAUAAAGUUGCCAACAUUACUGGACUUGAUGUUCUGCAGGGUGAUGCGGCUUUGAUAAGCACAAAGGACCUGGCAAUACAAACUAAUGCCGUGAAACAGGAACUAGAAAUUCGUUACGAUGUCACUGAGUCUCCCAAAUAUGGCGAGCUGCAGAGAUUGAAUUCCAAUGGGGAAUGGAAACAAACCAGUUUGUUUUCACAGCGCACUCUUGAAAGGGAUCGAUUGAGAUAUCUUAGUACUUUCUAUGAAAUUCAGUCAAGUAAUGUUUCAGAUCAUUUCAAGUGCAAGGUUAGCAUUAGCUCAAUGGCCACAGAGGAAGUUGUUUUUCCUAUUAUGAUAAAAUGGGUACAGUAUAAACUGCUGAAAAAUAAAGUAAUGGAGGUUGACAAAGCACAAAGAGUAAUAUUGAAUUCAGAACAUCUCCACGCUAUUCCCAAAGGUGUAAAGUUAACAGAAAAUGAACUGUACUUCAGGCUUCUAACAUUGCCAAAGAAAGGAAAGUUGCUGUUAAACAAUAAGAUUUUAAAGAAAAACUCAACUUUUAGCCAAAGGAAUAUAACUGAUUUAAAAGUGCAUUAUGAACUACAAGACAGACCAUAUGAAGACACAAGGGACAUGUUUACAUUCCAGAUUUUCUCUAAGCAUGCACAAUCGGGAAUCUAUGAUUUUAAAAUUGCCAUCAAAGCUGACAUCAACAGUAUCAUAAUAAAAAACAAUGGAUUGUCUUUAAAGGAAGGCGAAAGUCAAUUGCUAACAAAAGAAGAACUGUUCUCAGAAACACUUAUCACUAAGUCAAUGCACUACAGAAUCACAGACCGUCCAAAACAUGGAAAGUUAAUACGCAUUAACCUGUCUAACUCUACCUCAAGCAAUGACAACAUAAUAGCAUUCACCAACCAGGAUAUCCUAGAGGAGCGCAUUAUGUAUGUCCAUGAUGACAGCGAAACCACCCAUGACCAGUUUACAUUUGUAGCAUCCACCCAGCAGCCCGCAAAGGAAUCAGGACCAGUGGCAGAGACGAACAUUGUGGAAAGCACAUUUAACAUCUCAAUAAAGUUAAUAAAUGAUGAGAAGCCAGUCCGUAUUGUUGAUGAAGUCUUUCAUGUUGUCAAAAAUGGACAGAGACUUUUAACACUGGAGGACUUGUGCUAUCAUGAUGCUGACUCUGACUUUGAUGAUGGGCAGCUUCUGUAUACCCGGCGUGGAAUUCCCAUGGGCGAUCUGGUCCUUGUAAAUGACACUUCUCACAAACUUUACCAGUUUCACCAGGAGGAUCUGGAGCAAAAGCGUGUGUUAUUUGUCCAUCAUGGACCAAAUAUUGGUCGCUUUGUGCUGUUUGUGUCUGAUGGAAAGCAUUAUACAUCUACUUUGCUGGAUGUCAGUGCACAAGAACCUUAUAUCAAGACAGCGAACAAUACAGGCCUGCUGGUACAAAAAGGACAGCAGAAAAUGUUCAGUUCUGCCAACUUUAGUGUGGUUACAAACCUGGAUGUAAGAGAUGAUAAAGAGAUUAUCUAUGAAAUGUAUCUUCCCCCAAAACAUGGUGGGCUUUAUCAGGAUGAGCUGAAGGUGGAUGUGUUUACACAGCAUGAUUUGAAAAAAGGCUAUUUAGUCUAUCGACAUGAUGACAGCAAAAAUUUGGUAGACUUCUUUAACUUCACUGUAAAGGUACAAAAAAUGCGUUUGGAUGCAGGAGUUAACAUAAAAGUAUACUUGGAAAGCCACCAGCUCCCACCAAAGGUCAUGCAUAAUAACACUCUUCUCGUGGAAGAAGGAAAGCCUGUUAAGAUCAGUAAACGAAAACUUGAGGUUACGCAUGAAGAUAACUUGCCAUCAGAAAUUGUUUAUACUGUAAAAGUUCCUCCUUCUCAUGGCUACAUCCGCAGCUUUGCUGAGGGAGAAGAACAUUACCUGGGAAGUGAAAACAAUCCAAUCUGGAGCUUCUCUCAACAGGACAUCAAUGAUGGGAACAUUCAGUAUGUGCAGGUGGAGGCAGACCAGCUUACAGACUGCAUAGUGUUGGAUGUCUCAAAUGGCAUCACAGAAGUCAAUGGAAUCAUGAUCUUGAUUGAAAUUAUUCCUCGCAUGAUCCCUCUUGAAAUAUAUAACAUCACUUUAAAGGAAGGAGCUUCCAAAGCUCUGACAGAGGAUGUUAUUAAAGUUAACAACAAACACUUUGCUGCCCUGAGUUUUCAGUAUUUUAUCUGGGACCCUCCAAAACAUGGCCAUAUAGAGCAUUCUCGAUACCCUGGUGUCCACCUCAGCUCUUUUACUAGAACACAGGUUGAACAAGAGUUCGUAUAUUAUGUUCAUGAUGACAGUGAGACCGUGUCUGAUAAUUUUACUAUCAUUGCCAAUGACACUGAACUUAGAAAGAAGAGUCUUCCAUGGACAGUGUUUGUAAACAUUACACCAGUGAAUGAUGAGCCUCCUGUUGUAACAGCCAACAGAAUCUUCAGGGUAUGGGUGAGCUCUGUGACAGAGAUAACUGAAGAAGAUCUGAAUGCUGAAGACAGAGACAGUCCACCAGAAGAUUUGGAGUAUAUCGUCACUCCUCCUAGCAAUGGUCAUCUGGCACUCAAGAAUUCUGCCAACAAACACAUCUUCAACUUUACACAGGCCCACAUUAACCAGGGGCAGUUAGUUUUCGUGCACAGUGGUGCCAUGUCUGGUGGAUUUAACUUCCAGGUUAAUGAUGGGAUGAACUUUGCCCAAAGGCAGAUCUUCAGCAUCACAGCCAGAGCCUUGGUCCUCAGUCUUGAAAAAACCAAACCUCUCAAAGUGUUUCCAGGAUCUCUAACAGUCCUUUCCACUGAAAAUCUACAGGCAGUAACAAAUGACAACAGUGCUACAGGAAAUCGAACUAUAACCUUCACUCUCAUCAGCACACCAAAACUUGGGAAUCUCGUCAAGAUAGAGGCUGACAACUCAACAUCAGAAAUGUCUUCUUUUACCCAAAUCAUGGUGGAUGAUGGUGUGAUUGCAUAUAAGCAAAGCAAUGUCGAACCUGUGGGUUGGAGUGCUGUGGAUUCCUUCAGAUUCAGUGUGUCAUCCCCACCUGCCUCCCUUGAACCACAUGUGUUUAACAUUGACAUUUCAUAUGAAAACACUGGACCGGAAUCUAAAAGCCUUCUCCUCGCAAACACAGGUGCUACAGUUACAGAGGGAGAGAAAGUUGUUAUUGACAAGUCAAAGCUGGAUGCAUCCAACCUCAUGGCAAAACUGCCCGAAGAUCAGCGAAACUCUUAUGAAGUCUGGUUUCAGGUUGUAUCUUUCCCCCAGCAUGGUGUAAUCAUAGUUGGAGAACGUAACCUGACCAAAGAAAAACCAAACUUCUCCCAGUUUAUUGUCAACAAGUAUGGGAUCACCUACCUGCAUGACAAUUCUGAGACCACUUAUGACAGCUUCCUCUUUAACUCCUGGCUCAACCUGAAGAGCAAGCCAGCUUCUCGUCCCCAGGAUGGCAGUAAUGUUGUUGAAGAGUUGUUUAACAUCACUAUUAUUCCUGUGAAUGACCAGCCCCCACAACUGAAGACCAAGUCCCCAAGCCUGAGGGUAGUACAGGGAGACAAAGCUGUCCUUGGUCCUGAGAACUUGAAUGUGGUAGACUUGGAUAACCCUCCAGAGGACAUAAAAUACACCAUAAUCACUAAACCUAGUAAUGGCUUUAUGGCCGUGGAAGGUCAUUUGAAUGAAUCCAUCAUGGCCUUCACACAGGCUGAUCUUAAUAGUGGUAAAGUGUGGUUUGUCCAAGAUGGCACUCCCUUCUCUGGGGUCUUUUAUUUCAGUGUUACUGAUGGCCAACAUCGACCGAUCUACAAACUGUUUAAUCUACAAGUAACUGCGAUCUCUGUCUUUCUUUUAAACAAUACAGACCUGGUUCUUGAACAGGGUCAGAACUCUGCAAUUCUCACCAAUGAGCAUCUAGCUGCUGAGACCAAUGGUAAGAGCACAGCAAUCCAGUAUCAGGUUACAACCCCUCCCCAGUAUGGUAGCCUUCUUAUUGAUAAUGAAGUUGUCACACAGUUUGAUCAGGAUGACCUUCAGCAAAAAAGACUGUCUUACCAUAUGAUUAAUCUCAUGUCUUCCAAGGACAGCUUUGAAUUUACUGCCUUCACUUCAGAGAGUAAUUUGACACAGCAGGUUGUUAACAUUACAGUAAAGCCUUUGAUAAAAUUACGAAAUGAUGUAAAGAUCCCCUGUGGUGUUAUAGUGAAACUGAGGAAAGACAUGCUAAACGCCACAGAGUUAUCAAUCUUAAGUGGCAGUGAUCCUCACUUUGAAAUACUUUAUCCUCCGAAGCAUGGUAACAUUUUUAAAGCUUUGACAGUUAAAGAUAGACCUUCACAGCCUCUCCAGUCCUUCACGUUUGAUGAUUUAGAUCAAGGAAAAAUUGCCAUUAAAGUCAACGUCAACAUGACUGGAGUAGAAGAGAUGAACGACUCAUUCGUGUUUGUUCUGCAAGCGGAUAAAGUUCAGCCUGCUGUUGGUGAGUUUACAUACACUGUUGUGCCGUACGAUCCAACACUGCUACCAGCUGUCACCACUGAAGGUCCCCUACAGACAACCAGAACGCCUGUGAACCAAACCACUCCACAAGAGUCUACAUUACACCUUCCUUUGGAACCAGUUCUAGCGACGCAAAAACCUGUCAAGACUGUGCAGAGAUGGAAAGGGAGGAACCGAUGGGGAACCCAGAACAGAAAUAACGUAUCUGUGCCAUCGGUUACAAAAGCCACCUCAGGGAAACAGGAGACCACAAGAAAAAACACUGCUGUGAGAGUGGAAUCUUUUCCCAGGAAAGCCUCCAACCCCCUGCUCAUCAUCCUCCCUCUGUUAGCUUGCCUACUUCUCAUCAUUAUUCUGGUUGUGCUGAUCUUAGUGUUCCGACACAGGAGGGAGAAGCAGAAACCCUUGAUUCAGAACCACCCUAACAAUAACAUCCCUCCUAGCAGCCCACACCUUGGACAGCCAGAGAGAAGCUUAACCAUUCCCUCUGUAACCGUCACUCCCCUGCACACAGACAAUGUGGGGAGUCCACUGCUUCUGGGUCCUCAAGGACACACUGUGGUGGCCCCUGGUAGUCCCCAAGACACCUCCUUGCUCCUUUGUUCCUGGAAUAACUUGGAUCCAGAAACCUUACAGCAUUGCCGGACUACUAACCCGUCUUUGAGGCACAACCAGUACUGGGUAUGAAAUUUGCCUUAGUGCUGAUGAUUUAGUUGAGCCAUCUUUAUUCUACUGCUGCUGGACAGUCUGUAGAAUUAGAUCAAGCAGAGUGCUAGCCUAGGCCAUUUUUAGACAACCUGUCUGAUGCUGAUAGACUUCUGUUUCAGCUCAUUGAUGCACUGUACAACACUAAAGGUAAAAAAAAUGAAUGGCUUGAUACAGCUUAUUUAUUAAAUCUUAAAACUAUAAAAUUUGAAAAUAAAUGUUGGCUAUAAACAUUUAUUUUCAAAUUUAAUUGUGUGUGAAUUUAACCUUGGUUAGUAAACAUGUUCAUGUUCCUAUUACCUCCAGACUGUAGUUACAGUACUUGGAGUUACAUAGAGAUUUGUUUCAAUGAGAGCUUUACUUACAGGACAAGGUAAAGAUCACUGUCUAAAAAACUAAACAGCAUCCUCACUUUCAGUUAUUUUUAGCAUUGUUUCAUUUUCUACCACAAUGCAUUUAAAAAUGACUAUGUGUUCUGGAUACUUCCCUUUUAAAUGGAAAGUUACACCCAUGUUUAAUUAAAUCGAUUCUCUAAAUUCUUCCUAAUUUUGUGUGAAACCUUCGUGAUUAAAAGAUGAAAACCAAGCAUAUGCUCUAUAGAUAGUUCAUUUCAUUUAGAUAGUUUUUUUUCAUUUGAGUAAUAUCUGUACAUAUGUUUUCACUUAGUUACUUACUUUUCAGACAUACUGUAUUCCAACAAUCUGUACCAAUAUUCUGAGUAUGACACUGGUAUUAUUUAUUAUUUUAAAUAUUAUCAUUGUUGUUGUUUUGUUUACUGCAGAAUAAUUUUUUUUCAGCAUGGUACAAAUUUACACAAAAUAAGUUAGUGAGGCUAUAUCUUAUACUUACUAAGGUAAAGGUACAAAUUUAAUUAAGCUUUAACUUUUCAAACUCCAACCAAUAUUUGAAAGUGCUUUACACUAGCUUUCCUUUCCUUACACUUACUUUUUACAACUUAUAUCCAUCCAUUUAUUUUCUAAUGACUUUAUUCAGUGUUGUAGAGGAGCCAGAGUCUACUUAACAAGCGUUGGGUGCAAGGCAGGAUAAACCCUGGUGGGGUUGCCAGUCCUUCACAGGGCACACACAGACAGACACACAAUUCACACCAGGGCCAGUUUUACCAGAAGCCAGUUAACCUACCAGUAUGUCUUUGGAGAAAACCAGAGUGCAUGGAGGAAACCCCCAUGAACAGAUCAGUUUUUCAUUUGAUGGGAACCCUUGCUUUUUCAAUCAAGAGAUUGGAGUAUAUUGAAAGAACUGUAGCAACUCUAACACUGGUUCAUACUAUAAAAUAGCUGGUGUUUUUACAAAUAGAGUUUUUCAGAACAGUUUUACUUCUCUUUUUUUGGACUAUGUUUCACAUAAACUAAACUCUGUUGCAAAAUCUGUUGAAGUAGUUUCCAAGUAGGACCAGAACCUUAUAGAAAUCAGAUGUUAUUGUUUUGUAACAAUGCAAUAUCAAAACCAAAUUCAGAAUAAGUCUGUCUAAAUUUAAUCCUGCAAAAUUGAUCAUUUGGGUUAUUUUAUGUAUUCUAAACCAAAACAGUACUCACUGUAUGCACAUUCUAAUGGCUAACUGUGUAAAAUUCUUAUAUUUUUAAGUAGAGUUAAGUAUUUAUGUGUCGGGAUCUGUUUGGAAACUAAGUUGGCAUUUUGGAUCAGAUAAUUUAUACAAAUAUACUUUACUGUGAAAAUUGAGUUUUUAAUUAUGUCCAUGAAAUUAAAGAGUGACUUGAGUGAACCAGCUACUUUAGUUGGUCAGGCAAAUUCCACUACAUUUAGGCUAGAAAAAAUAAAUACAAUUUUUUAGAGCUGUAACUAACUGAUCCAUUUGUCGAUGAUGUUAUUUUUGAAAGUAAACUAAAUUAGAUAUUGCAGUUCUGAUUUUUCCUAAUGUGACUUGAAAAAGGAAAUAUUCGGGAGUUAAGAGAGAAAAAAAAAACACUUACCCUCUACCCUGCAAUGCUUUCAAAGAAAAAAGGAGGGUGUAUUGAUCAAUUAUCCUUAUGAGACUAUUACUCUAACUGAAAGCCAGGAAUCUGAGUGAAGGACAAUUAACAAUAUGGUCCUCACCCAGUUUCCUCUGUAUAGUGACAUAUUCUUGAACAGCCAUUCUUAGGUUUUGUGUUUUAAUUUAAUUCCAUUUCAUUAUAGUAUAAAAUAUUCUAUAAAAUAGUACUUUGAUUUACUCUGCUUUUGCUAAUAAGACUUUCUUUUGGUCAUGUUUUUGCCGUCUUGAGAUCAAAUAGCCAGACCCAGACAGGACUGCAAAACGUUUUAAAAUCACAGUCAUAAAAUAAUAAUAAUAAUAAUAAUAAAUUGUUAUAAUAUAAAAUUAUAAUAAAUUGGACUAUCAAGAAUUCAGGCCAUUCUGCUUGGCCAAAAUGCAAUUUAUGCAGUGCCACAAAUUAACAUUAAGUGAUUUUUGUUCAAGCCAUGUGCUUGAACACAAGUAAAUUCUGUGUGUCAAACAACAGUUCUGAAAGUUUAAGUGUGCUUAUUAACCAGGUAGAGUACUGCAUUUGAUAUCAUUCAAUGAAACACUCAAAUAUUGCUAGAUCAUGGUGCAGAAAAUCACUUAUCAAUGAGUGCAUCAAUCACACUCCUGUUGGACACCUUCACCUUCAAUUUCAUUUUGCCUCAUUUUAUCACUGGUUUCUUUUCUAACACCAUUUUUUCUUCCAUUUCAUUCUUAGCAGAGGCAUACUAAAAAUGCAUUUGAAGUACAAAUGAAAAAAGUUUAGUUUCAUUAAUCAAAUAAAAUUGCCUGGAACGUGUCUAAUUUCUUUGAUGAAAACAGCUCCAAACAGAACAUUCACCAUACCUGUAUUUCUGAAGUGAAUGCUGUUUAAGCACAUUGAUGAUUUUUUUUUCUGAGUUCUUUCACCACUUUUGCCAAAAUGUGACAUUAUUAUGCAUGAAAGUUGUGAAAUUAUUAUUUUUGACAUUUUUUCAGUGAAGCGCUGACAGCUGCAUUCAACAACUAAUUUGUCUCUCAAAUGUCAGCUCCCAAAAGCAACAGAUACAGGGUUAAAUUUAAGUUCUGAUGUAAGAAAGGAAUUGUAUAUUUAACAUUUAUGAAUGAGAAUCUAUUCAUGUCCUAGGGGAAAAACCACUUUUAAAUUGAGGGUAAUACCUCACUCUCUACCUUACUGUUUACAUCGGAAACACUGAAUUCAUGCUUUACUAUUAUUUAAUUUGGUAUUUUAUGUAUUUACUGUGUGUUUGGAAUAAAGUAUUGUGCAAACA